GGGCCCAGGGGCUGGAAGUGGGUAGGGAAGGGGAGGUGCUUGUCCAUUUAUAGGCCUGCUCUUUGGGAUGCUGAAGGUGUUGAAAUAGCAGCGAGGACAAGGGACUUGGCUCAGUGUUAAAUAUCUGCCCAGCGGCCCGAAGACUCUGAGAUGACUAUAGGGAGAAUGGAGAACGUGGAGGUCUUCACUUCCGAGGGCAAAGGCAGGGGUCUGAAGGCCACUAAGGAGUUCUGGGCUUCGGAUGUCAUCUUUGCAGAGCGGGCUUACUCCGCGGUGGUUUUUGACAGCCUCGUGAACUUUGUGUGUCACACCUGCUUCAAGAGGCAGGAGAAGCUGCAUCGCUGCGGGCAGUGCAAGUUUGCCCAUUACUGUGACCGCACCUGCCAGAGGGAUGCUUGGCUGAGCCACAAGAACGAGUGUUCGGCCAUCAGGAGAUACGGGAAGGUGCCCAAUGAGAACAUCAGGCUGGCGGCCCGCAUCAUGUGGCGGGUGGAGAGAGAGGGCACCGGGCUCACGGAGGGCUGCCUGGUGUCCGUGGACGACCUGCAGAACCACGUGGAGCACUUCGGGGAGGAGGAGCAGAAGGAGCUGCGGGUGGACGUGGACACUUUCCUGCAGUACUGGCCGCCGCAGAGCCAGCAGUUCAGCAUGCAGUACAUCUCCCACAUCUUCGGCGUGAUUAACUGCAACGGCUUCACGCUCAGUGAUCAGAGAGGCCUGCAGGCAGUGGGCGUGGGCAUCUUCCCCAACCUGGGCCUGGUGAACCACGACUGCUGGCCCAACUGUACCGUCAUAUUCAACAAUGGCAAUCAUGAGGCAGUGAAAUCCAUGUUUCACACCCAGAUGAGAAUUGAACUCCGGGCCCUGGGCAAGAUCUCGGAAGGAGAGGAGCUGACCGUAUCCUAUAUCGACUUCCUCAACGUCAGCGAGGAGCGCAGGAGGCAGCUGAAAAGGCAGUACUACUUCGACUGCACGUGUGAGCACUGCCAGAAGGGGCUGAAGGACAACCUCCUCCUGGGGGUGAAAGACGACCCCAAGCCCUCUCAGGAUGUGGUGAAGGAGAUGAUACAAUACUCCAAGGAUAUGCUGGAGAAAAUUGACAAGGCUCGCUCUGAGGGUUUGUACCACGAGGUUGUGAAAUUAUGCCGGGAGUGUCUGGAGAAGCAGGAGCCAGUAUUUACCGACACCAACAUCUACAUGCUGCGGAUGCUGAGCAUUGUUUCCGAGGUCCUGUCCUACCUGCAGGCCUAUGGGGAGGCCUCACACUACGCCAGGAGGAUGGUGGAUGGCUAUAUGAAGCUCUACCACCCCAACAACGCCCAGCUGGGCAUGGCUGUGAUGCGGGCGGGGCUGACCAACUGGCACGCUGGCAACAUUGAGGUGGGGCACAGCAUGAUCUGCAAAGCCUACGCCAUUCUCCUCGUGACACACGGACCCUCCCACCCCAUCACCAAGGACCUAGAGGCCAUGCGGAUGCAGACGGAGAUGGAGCUGCGCAUGUUCCGCCAGAACGAGUUCAUGUACCACAAGAUGCGCGAGGCCGCCCUCAGCAACCAGCCCAUGCAGGUCAUGGCGGAGCCCAGCAAUGAGCCGGCGCCGGCCCUGUUCCAUAAGAAGCAAUGAGGACCUGCCUGGUGGGGGUUGGGGGUAGGGGAUGGGGGAUGCGUCGUGGUUGGGGAACAGGGGAGACAUUCUGGAGGCAGUGGGUUUCUGGGGGAGCUCUUUGAUGAGGAAGUCAAGGUAAUGCUCAUCUUUGUUGCUGUGAGAAUGUACUGUUCUGUGUCCCCCAUGGUCGUUUUGGUUCAUUUCAACUCAGUUCCAUUCAGUUCAACUCUAGCCCAGCCCAGCCCAGCCCAGCCCAGCCCAACUCAUCCUACAAAUAUUUAUUGGGUGCUAGGCCCUAGGGAUAAAGGACCCUAAACAUAAACAAACAAUUAAAGCACAGUGUAAUAAUGGAUGUAAUGGUAUAAACUAUAUGGAGGGAGGGUGGGCAUGUGUCUGGCGUGUGUGUGUGUGCGUGUGCGUGGUCGCAGGGGUGUCAUGGAGGAGAUGACAUCUGAGCUGAGGGUGGAAGGUGCCUGGAGUCUCAGAUGGCUGCUCACCCAUCUGUGCAGGUGUCUCUGGAAUAUUCAGGACUUGGCUGACCGGGGUGGGUGAUGUCCAGUCUCCCCAGUGAGUGUGGAGUUAUGAAGAAGGGGCUGGGUUUGAGCCAUUCAGGUCCUACUCAGAGAACGGAAACCUUUUCAGAAGGGAACCUGUGCAGAAAGAGGAGGGGGCUUUGCCCAAACCAUUUGAGGCCUCUGUUUAAAGUCUGGGUUCCAAGCAUUAUUCGGAAAUUACUUCCAGAACACAGAGAGGGGGUGUGUCCUUUCCCCACCCUUGCCACCAAGCCUUGUGAUUCUUGUGACGUGGGGCUCCUUGGACAGUAUCUGUGAUUUUUCUGGCCAUUGGCCUCCUAGGAUUGAAGACGUCUCUUCAGAUUGAAGUAGAGGGAGAAACAAGGAAAGAGAUGCCUAAUGGUCAUGGGUCCAGAAGACUUGGCCUUUGGGUGUUUCCUUUGGUCUUUACCAGCUUACACUUCAUCACCAGCCCCCAGGAAAUCUCUAUUUUUAGUGAUGAAUAAUUAUGACCUUCCUUGCUUAAUUUCUUUCACUGCCCACGCCCCCAGGCCGCUGCUUUUCUUGCCAGAAGGAAUAUCUUAUCUGGACUCCACAUGUCUAGGUUAGGAUCUCUUUGAGGGGUGUGACCAAGUUACCCUCAUCUCCUGGGAGGCUGCUCUGGUUUCCACCCAAGAGUAAGGGUCUUGGAAAUCAACCAAUCUAGUUGUCCUGUUAUCUUCUGGGAUCCCAGAUGUCUCACCAAUGUUUUGGGGGAUCCUGGGCUGAAACCCCCCAUUUGAGAGUGUCACCAUGUCUUCUACACCAUCUGGGGCCACCCUUGACCUCACAGCUCUAGCUGAAAUCUUGAAGUCAAGUGAUCCCACCGGGCCCCAUAUUUGUCAUCGGUGCCUAAGGUGUUCGGUCCUCCAUCCCCAUCCUUUCAUUCUCAGAAUGACCCACUGCCUCCCUCGUAACCUGACCAACAGCUCUGUCAAUGUGCCAAAAACUGUCCAAAAACUCUGCAAAGAUUCCACUUCUCUGCAGAAUCCUUGUACAGAAUACUCCUGGCAUUUGGCUCUUUUUUGAGGACACCUGCUUCUCUAGAACUUGCACAGGGAGAGUGACAGUUCUUCCAAGCCAAUGUAUGACGUGUCUACAGAGGGCACCAGCCUUCUCCCAGGGACCCAGCUGUGCCAGUUCAAACAAUCACUCUUGCACCCCCAUAUAAAACCUUCCCCCAGACCUCUUCCCUUCUUUGCCACUGCUAAUCUGCUGGUCAUUCCCCCAUACCAUGGUCUUGUUUUCCAUCCCCUCUUUCUCAAACUUGGUGUCUUCAAAGUCCACUUUCACAAAUCGUUGAGACCUCUUGCUUCACAGAUUCUUCAUUUACUCAGCUCCAGAUGUCUUUCCAUUUCCUCCAUUCACUCUCUCUUGGCCUUGCCCUGGACACUGCCAUCACCCAUAAUUCCUCCAUUUUUAAUGUCUAACUUGCUGGUCGUUG